GGGCCGGGCAGGGCGCCUGGCUCCUCCCCGGGCGCGUCUCUCCCUCCCCGGCUCUCCCGGCGCAGGCGGAUCCCGGGGGGCAGCAGCCGCCGCAGUUCGCAGGCCGCGGGCAGGCUAAUCACCAUGGGGAGGUACCAGAUAACCUGCUGGGUAGUCAUCCUUUUUGUUCUGAUGUGGAGCGACGUUUCCCUUUCCAAAAAAGGAAAGGGUAGAGGUGGAGGCGGUGGGAGCACAGGAAGCAACCGCCAUCCCAGCAACCCUGGCUACCCCCCGAAUCCUAGCUAUCCAGAAACCCCUAGCUACCCCCAUAAUCCUGGCUACCCCCCCAAUCCCGCCUACCCCCCCAAUCCCAGCUAUCCCAGGAACCCUGCCUACCCCCCCAAUCCUGCCUACCCCCCCAAUCCCGCCUACCCCCCCAAUCCCAGCUAUCCCAGGAACCCUAGCUACCCCCACAAUCCCAGCUACCCCAGCAACCCUGGUGGUGGGCAGCACUACAACCCAGCUGGUGGCGGAACAAGCUUCAAAAACCAGAAGCCCUGGAAGCCUGCUAAACCCAAAACCAACAUGAAAGCCAUGGCAGGAGCAGCAGCGGCAGGCGUCGUGGUGGGUGGCCUAGGCGGCUAUGCCCUGGGCAGCGCAAUGUCAGGAAUGCGCAUGAAUUUUGACCAUCCUGACGAGCGCCAGUGGUGGAAUGAAAACUCCAAUCGCUAUCCCAACAGAGUAUACUACAAGCAAUACGACGACCGCUCCGUUCCAGAGGGAAGGUUUGUGCGGGAUUGUGUGAAUAUCACAGUGACCCAAUACAACAUUGAUCCCAACGAAAAUCAAAAUGUGACCCAGGUAGAAGUUAAAGUCAUGACGCACGUGAUACAGGAGAUGUGCAUACAGCAAUAUCAGCAGUACCAGCUGGCCUCUGGUGUCAAUCUGCUCCUCUCUGACCCAUCGCACAUGCUGAUCAUCAUGCUUGUCAUUUUUUUUGUAAUGCAUUAAGAAAGCAGCCUCAACCUGAACUGUGCUGCUGAUCUGUGCAAACGUUCAGCGGGAAUAAGCGAUAUAAAACAGCCUUUCUGUGGAGGUCUCUCAGUCUUGCUUGUGUGUGUCUUAGGUGAAGUAUCUUAAGAUCUGUAAUAGGUAUCAAUAAUGUACCAUAGAGACACAUGCUGACAGUGUCAAAGCUAUCUCUGAUUAUACACCUACUGUUCAGAAUUAAGAUUAGGGACAGACUUCAAAUGGAAAUAAAAAAGUAAAUCUGUUAGCUCCACAUUUGUUCUGGUGCAAUAGACCUUAGAAGCCAAUACAAAUCAGUUAAUACUGACAUACAGUGACCUUGUGAUCACACAAGGAAGCGGCUUUCACCAAAAUGCCCUCUUCCUCAAAUUCAUUCUUUAAACUCUGGUACAGAUAAGAGCCAUCUGAUCAUAUUCAUCUUCCCUCCUCCAAAACUAGACCACUUUUGAGAGCUGUUUUUCCAUUUCAGUACACCACUGGAUUUUUUCCUCCCCAGCUCAUCUAAUUAAAGACUUCAGACUGUUGUCUGGCUUCACAAGCCCUCUUUGGCAUCUAGGGGCUGAGCAAGUGCGAAGGCAGAAUACUUAUGAAAAUCCUCUUUACAGAUAAUUGAUGUCUUAGCUAAUGGCACUAAAUAGUACCAAAUGGCACCAAUCCCCAACUUGGGGACACCACAUUUUUGGGGACAUCCACAGUCCAAGUCCAAAUUACAAGUUAAUUGUGUGACCUGGAGUACAUACCGAGUAUUUCAGACAGUUUUUCCUGCCUCUCCGUGACUUAGGACGCGAGACCCUUCCAUUGCUAGGCUGUAUUUUGUACCAUUAGAUCACCUUCUGGUACUUAAGAGUAUCCUCUCUAAGUACGUGUGUACAUAGUGGCAUUCCAACCAUGUAACAGUUUGCCCAUUGCAAACGUUCCAGCAGCAGCCAAAGAAUAGGCCAGCUUUGGAGGCCAAGAGUGAGCCUAAGAUAGCAGCCUGCCAUAUGCCAAGGUUUCAAGGGGCAGGCCUAGAUUUGUUAAGUUUGGGCAGAGUGUCCUUUUAGUUGUACAGUAAUUGGCUUUGACUUGGACUGUUUAAAGAGACAAAUGGCUGCUGAAGGUGUAAAAUAGCUGCAACAAUAGCACUUGUUUCAUAGUUGUCAUCCCAAGAUUCUGCUGAUGCAGUAAAACGUGCAUGAUUUCGUUCAUGGCUAUAUUGUCCGUAAAGUUUCUCCCUUCACCGAGCUGCAUUCACAUAAACUGUUGACUUCAUUGGAAGUUGUGCAGGACAUAUUUCUGAGGGCAGGAUUUGGCUUUAAAGGCCUCAUCUAAAGCCUAUUGAAGUCCAUGGAAAGGCUCCCCUGGAUCAGGCACUAAAUCAGUAAAACUUGCAUUACACUUACUUCAGCAACUUGAUCAAGUUAGAGCAAGCAACAUCAAUCAACGUUAUCCUGACACAGACAGCCAAAAUGCUGGAAUUCAUCUUUUGGAAGCAACUAAUUCUGGCUGACCCACUGCUUAAUACCCUAAAUAUUAUGGUAAUCGAUGGGGUCAGUUACAGCUAAUCUGCAUUUUGAUUGUCUUGAUGACGCAAAACUCUUGUAUGUAAUGUGUAGUAUAUGUAAAGUUUACGCUUAUUGCAAUUAUCAGUCCAAAUAUUUAAUCUAUAGUCUGUAUAUUUCAGCGAGGCACUGAAUGACUAUAACAACCAACCACCCUUAAUUAUUUCUGCUUCAAUGUAAGUUGAAUGGAUAUAUUAUGAAACUGUUCAAAAUUCAAACCGUAAAGACAGGACUUUGAAGUCACAUGUAGUUUGUGAUAUGAGAACAUUCUGUAUAUUUGUAAUGGUGCAUGUACUAACUCUGACGUUCAAAUCCUUUUAUAAAUGUUUGAUGUCUGGUAAAAA